UCUCAUGGCGCGGGAGUUUAGAGAUAAAAACCUGAACUGACAACAAAAAUAACACCGAAAACAAAAUUAAGCCCGUUGAUUAAACGCGUCUGUAAUAUACAUUAUGUGUAAGUAAGUGUAAAUGUGGUUUUGUGUCGUUAGGACCGAGCUUGUAUUCCAAACCCCAGUCUGUAUACAGUGUAAACAUUGUGUAGUUAAAGCUAAAGUGCACAACAACAGCUAUGGACGAGUCUAAAGAGAGUGAAAGGUCGCUUCCGGAUUGGAUGAUGCCCAAACCUGAUGAUGUUCAGCUUCAGUCACAGGGACCCUACAUAAAGAAUGUCAUCGAGGACGAGCUUCCCUAUCUGGAAUUUGGUGGUAGAGUGAUCUACAGCCAGGAGAAAAACGAUUGCUCGUUUUUAGUAGAGGAUUUAAGAUCCUCUCUCGUGUCCGGCUCAGCUGUGGGAUUUGAUUUAGAAUGGCCUCCGUCUUUCACCAAGGGGAAGACUAAAAAGGUUGCUCUGGUUCAGCUUUGCGCCUCCAAGGAGAAAUGCUACCUUUUUCACAUCUCGUCAAUGUCAGGAUUCCCUCCUGGCCUAAAAAUGUUCUUGGAGGAUGAGAGCAUCAAAAAGGUUGGGGUAGGCGUUGAAGGAGAUAAGUGGAAGCUGCUGUCUGAUUAUGAAAUUCAGUUGAAAAAUUUUGUAGAGCUCUCUGAUUUGGCAAAUGAGAAACUGAAAUGUGUUGAGAAAUGGAGCUUGGAUGGGCUGGUCAAGCACUUGUUCAAAAAACGGCUCAUGAAAGAAAAGGAUGUGCGUUGUAGCCACUGGGAUGACUUUGGCCUCACAGAGGAGCAGAAACGAUAUGCGGCAACAGAUGCCUAUGCUGGAUUCCUAGCACAUCAGAAGCUAGACAGAAUGGUGCAGAACCCAGGUUCAGUGAAAGCUCAAGAUUGUUUGAAACAGAAGCUUUGCCUGAUUAGCAAAGAACUUGAAGACCUUACUAGACGUAUUCCUGAAGGACAAAGCUGCACAAGCAGAACCAAAAAGCUAGUGGAUGACUUGGCUCAGCAAGUCGCAUCUCUUAAAGAUCACCUGACAAGCAACGGAAACAUCGCACAAGAACAUUUCUCUAAUGCAAGCAAGGAUCAAAAUCCUAACUCCCAGAGUGCUGUGAUCGACACCAUAAAUCCUGAAGCCGAUCGUGAUUAUGUAAAGCACUCGGUGUCAUUGGAAGAGGAUAAAAACGACCCUGUUCAGACAGUACAGAGGGAAUGCCUCAUGUCCUUGGAUAUCUCCGAGUAUGAGCUUCAGAUGCUGGAGAUGCAGACCAGACAGGAGGAGAACGAGGAGCAAUCCAUUUUAGCUUUCGAGGAGAGAUCGACUCUGGAAGACUCUGCUGAGUUGUCAUACGAACUUGAAAGUGAUGAAGAAAUUGACAAUGAAAUGAUUCAGUGUGCUGAAAAAAUUGAGAAACUGAAUGACAGUAUUGAAAAGGAGCCUAAUGAGGCUGAGCUAAUUGCUGAGGAUGAAGAUGAGGUUGUUGAAGAGGAUGAAGAGGAAGGAUUUGAUGCAAAUCUUCCUCAACCAGCUCUUGAACAGAUUAAAUGCCUGAAAAUGUAUUUUGGACAUCACAGUUUUAAACCGGUACAAUGGAAAGUGAUUCAGUCCGUGCUUGAGCGGAGGAGGGAUAACCUUGUUGUCAUGGCAACUGGUUACGGAAAGAGCUUGUGCUUCCAGUUUCCUCCUGUGUACUGUGUGAACAUCAGCGUGGUCAUCUCGCCUCUGAUUGCACUUAUGGAGGACCAGGUGCUGCAGCUCAAGAUGUCCAACAUCUCUGCCUGUUUCCUUGGAUCAGCUCAGUCCCAGAAUGUUUUUGCUGACUUACUGAAGGGGCAUUUCAGAGUCGUAUACAUGACACCAGAAUUCUGCUCAGGAAAUAUAUCUCUGCUUGAACAGCUAAAUAAAUCAGUUGGUCUUUGUCUGAUUGCAGUGGAUGAAGCCCAUUGUAUUUCUCAGUGGGGGCACGAUUUUCGAAGUGCUUAUCGAGACCUUGGCAAACUGAAAAGAAAACUUCCAGAUGUUCCUAUCGUGGCACUUACAGCCACAGCAAGCCCCUCUAUUCGGGACGACAUAGUGAAGAGCCUUCACUUGGUGAACCCUCAGGUCACUUGCACUUCUUUUGAUCGACCGAACCUCUAUCUGGAUGUGAACCGCAAAUCUGGCGACAUGAUCAAAGACCUCAAGUCGUUCCUGGUGAAAAAGAGAGGUGGGGAUUAUGAAUUUGAGGGCUCAGCCAUUGUCUACUGCCCAUCAAAGAAGGAAGCAGAGAGAGUGGCAUCUGCUCUAUUUAAGCUGGGCAUCAGUUGUGGAGUGUAUCACGCAGGCCUCGGCAUCAAGCAGAGGAGAGAAACGCAGUAUCAGUUCAUGAGAGAUGAGAUACAGUGUGUGGCGGCUACCGUGGCUUUUGGAAUGGGAAUUAACAAGCCUGAUAUCAGAAAGGUCAUUCAUUAUGGCGCGCCAAAAGAGAUGGAGUCAUACUACCAGGAGAUUGGACGGGCAGGUAGAGACGGACUGCCCAGUGCCUGCCAUGUCCUCUGGACAUCUAGCGAUAUGGUACUCAACAGGUUUCUGCUCAACCAGACAAAAAGUGAUCGAUUCAGGGGCUACAAAAUGGAAAUGAUGGCCAAGAUGGAAAAAUAUUUGAAUUCCACUAAAUGCAGAAGGAAGUUGAUCUUGUCUCAUUUUGAAGAUAAGCAACUCAGAAAAGUCACCUCAGGUAUUAUGGGGACCGGCAAGUGUUGUGACAACUGCAAAUCUGGGCCCAUUAAAAGCCAAAGCCAGGAGCAAGAUGCUCAGGAUUUUGGCGCAUGUGCAUUCCAGCUGAUGGGCGCAGUGAGUGCGAUGGGAGAGAAAUUUGGCAUUACAGCUCCCAUCUUGCUGCUGCGCGGCUCAACUUCUCAGCGAGUUCCUGAUCGCUUUCGUCAGGACGCUUUGUUCGGCGUGGGCAGGGGGGUGUCUGAAGCCUGGUGGAGGGCACUUGGUCGUGAGCUCAUCAAUGAGAAGUACCUAAUGGAGGCUUCUGGUUAUAAUAAGUUCAGCACGCUCUGUAAACUCACUCCCAAGGGCAGGACAUGGUUAAGCAAAGCCCAGGAUGAGAAGCAAAGAACUCUCCUUCUUCAGCCAAACCGAGACCUGAUUUCAAGAGUUUAUGUGCCAAAGAAAGCACAAGAUCCAAAACCUGUUGUGGUUCAUGUUAAAGACCAGGCUCUACCCAGUACAGCUCAGAGAACAAAUUGUAGGUUUCAGGUGGACUCCAGUGCCGUGGACAGGAGGUCAGUUCCUGGUUUGCUACCUGCUCCCAAAACCAUGCCUCAGCCUCCUGCGGUCUCUGCCAGAGAAAUGGAGUUACAGGCUGAGCUGUACAGCAAGCUGGUAGCUGAGAGGCAAAAACUAGCCAGUAUGAAGGACAUCCCUCCUGCCAUUCUGGCCACCAACAAAAUCCUCCUGGACCUGGCCAAGUUAAGGCCCUGCUCAGUAGCCAAGCUGAAGUUGGUGGACGGUGUGUCUGAGGCUAAAGCAGCCAUGUUGGCUCCUCUACUCCAGACCAUCACAGACUUCUGCCAGAUACACGGCCUGCAGGAGGCUGUGACUUCCAGCUCUUCUACUUCCUGUGCUGAACUGGCGCACAGUGCACAGACAGGAAAAGUGUCAACACUGUCUCUGUCUGAUAGCGUGGCCAUAACUUACAGACUUUUCCAGAUUGAUGGCAAAAGCAUGAGGCAAGUAGCUGAUGCUCGCAGCUUGCCCAUGGCGGUGGUUGAAUCUCAUCUUCUACAGGCUCUGAAAGUCAGCCAGCCUCUGGACACCGAGCGAGCCGGCCUGUCCCAGUCACUGUUCAACACUAUCACACACAUCCUCUCCUCUCCUCCUCUGAGCUCGGAUCUCAGUGACUUUAAGAACAUUCGUGCUAUGGUGCCAGAAGACGUCAGCACUUUUCUCCUCAGGCUGUGUGUUGCUAAGCUACAGAAUGAAGGCUUUCCAAAGCCACAGCCUGUCAACCUGCCAUCACAACAUCACCAGAUCACCUGGAUAGAGUCUCAGGUCGGAGCUGGUGCCAAUUCUAACCAGGUUAUCAGCUCAGAAAAGCUCAUCCAGACAGAUGGUGUUAGUAAAGCUGUCACUUCAGGUCUCCAAACACACCAGCUGGAGCCAAAGCUGGACAAUAUAGACAUGAGUGACGAUGAACUCUUUAGUGAACUUCCCAUGCCUGAGGUUGCAGGGCCAAGCAGCAGUGUUGCUCAGUGUAAUGUAGAAGAUGCUAGGCCAUCAAAAAGCAGUGGAAUUGAAUUGGCUUCCUGGAACCAGAAGAAUAUAGACUCAGACACUCAAGACCUGUUUGGUAAUUCACCAGUCAAGACCGAAAGCCAGGCAGCUAAGAGGAAGAUGCCCGUGUGGGCCGAAGCACCGACGGACUCUGUUGACGCUGCUGCAUCGAAAAGAAACAAAAAAAAGAAAGGACUCUUCGUGUGACUCGUUAAGUGUCACUCAGUUAAAUGUUACACUAUGUGUAAAAAAAAAAAAUGGUGUAUAUAGUUUUUCUUACAUUUCUUUCUUACAAAGAAUAAAUACACUUUUCAUAACAAUAUUUUGCUAAAAAACUGAUUUUAUCUAUGUUCAUUUUUUGUUGUAAGAGUGUAAAUUUGCAUCUUUUAGACAUUAAGAUGUUCUGUAUACUUUGAUUCAGUACCGAUCCAGUAUGAUCCGGUUCAGCACUGAUAUGAUUCAUUUUGAACCCGAAUCACAGGACAGAAGAAUUUACACUUUACAUUUUCACUGUAACAUGACAAUCUGUGAUUUUUGACAAUCAGGAUUUAAUCGUUCUGUUCAAUUCGGUGUCGAUUUCAAGCUUCACUUGCAAGUGAAUAAAAACUAACUUAUAUUAAAAAAUAAAACUAUGUAAAAAUUGUA